AGAGUGAGCCGGUCGCUCCGGGGGGCGGGGGGAGCAGCGCCGCGGCCGCCGCCGCCUCCGCCUCCGCCGCCUGGGACUAGGGGGUGGGGGGCGGACGAGUCCCGAUGCCGGGGGAGACGGAAGAGCCGAGACCCCCGGAGCAGCAGGACCAGGAAGGGGGAGAGGCGGCGGCGGCCAAGGCGGCUCCGGAGAAGCCCCAACAACAGCCCCCUGAAGCGGCGGCGGCGGCCCCUGGGGGGACCACUAGCAGCCGCGUGCUGAGGGGAGGUCGGGACCGGGGCCGGGCCGCUGCGGCCGCCGCCGCCGCUGUGUCCCGCCGGAGGAAGGCCGAGUAUCCCCGCCGGCGGAGGAGCAGCCUCAGCGCCAGGCCUCCCGACGCCCCAGGGCAGCAGUCCCAGGCCGCGAAGCCCCCGUCUCCAGCUCAGGGCAAGAAGAGUCCGCGACUCCUAUGCAUAGAAAAAGUAUCAUCUGACAAAGAUCCCAAGGAAGAGAAAGAGGAAGAAGGUUCUACUGUCCCUCAGGAAGUUUCCGUUGCCGCAACUAAGCCUAGUCGGGGCUGGCGCAGCAGUAGCAGGACAUCUGCCUCUCGGCAUCGUGACACAGAGAACACCCGAAGCUCUAGGUCCAAGACUGGUUCAUUGCAACUCAUCUGCAAGUCAGAACCAAAUACAGAUCAGCUUGAUUAUGAUGUUGCAGAAGAGCAUCAGUCUCCAGGUGGCAUUAGCAGUGAUGAGGAGGAAGAGGAGGAAGAAGAGAUGUUGAUCAGUGAAGAAGAAAUACCAUUCAAAGAUGAUCCAAGAGAUGAGACCUACAAACCCCACUUAGAAAGGGAAACCCCAAAGCCACGGAGAAAAUCAGGGAAGGUGAAAGAAGAGAAAGAGAAGAAAGAAAUAAAAGUGGAAGUAGAGGUAGAGGUGAAAGAAGAAGAGAAUGAAAUUAGAGAAGAUGAGGAGCCUCCUAGGAAGAGAGGAAGAAGGCGAAAAGAUGACAAAAGUCCACGAUUACCCAAAAGGAGGAAAAAGCCUCCAAUCCAGUAUGUCCGGUGUGAGAUGGAAGGAUGUGGAACUGUUCUUGCUCACCCUCGCUAUUUGCAGCACCACAUUAAAUAUCAGCAUUUGCUGAAGAAGAAAUACGUAUGUCCCCAUCCCUCCUGUGGACGACUCUUCAGGCUCCAGAAGCAACUUCUACGACAUGCCAAACAUCAUACAGAUCAAAGAGAUUAUAUCUGUGAAUACUGUGCUCGAGCCUUCAAGAGUUCCCACAAUCUGGCAGUGCACCGGAUGAUUCACACUGGCGAGAAGCCAUUACAAUGCGAGAUCUGUGGAUUUACUUGUCGGCAAAAGGCAUCCCUUAAUUGGCACAUGAAGAAGCAUGAUGCAGACUCCUUCUACCAGUUUUCUUGCAAUAUCUGUGGCAAAAAAUUUGAGAAGAAGGACAGCGUAGUGGCUCACAAAGCAAAAAGCCACCCUGAGGUGCUGAUUGCCGAAGCUCUGGCUGCCAAUGCAGGCGCCCUCAUCACCAGCACAGAUAUCUUGGGCACUAAUCCAGAGUCCCUGACACAACCUGCAGAUGGUCAGGGUCUUCCUCUUCUUCCUGAGCCCUUGGGAAACUCCACCUCUGGAGAGUGCCUCCUGCUAGAAGCUGAAGGGAUGUCAAAGUCAUACUGUAGUGGGACGGAACGGGUGAGCCUGAUGGCUGAUGGGAAGAUCUUUGUGGGAAGUGGCAGCAGUGGGGGCACUGAAGGGCUGGUCAUGAACUCGGAUAUACUCGGUGCUACCACAGAGGUUCUGAUUGAAGAUUCAGACUCUACUGGACCUUAGAGGAAGGGAAGACUUUGGGCACUGGGACAGCUAAGACUUUGUAUUUAAAAGACAAAAAGGACAAAAAAAAAAAUUUAAAGCAUUUAAAAUCUAGUAAAAUAACUGAAGGGCCUGCUCUUUCCAUUGUGGAUCACAGCACACAAACACACACACACACACACACACACACACACACACACACACACACACACACACACACACCCACCCACCCACCCUCUUCUCCCUCUGUUGUCCCCUUUAUAAAGUUGAUGUUGCCUUUACCAGAAAGCUAGACAAAGAAGCAGCAGCAGCUCUUAAAGUAACGGUUAUUCUUAUACUCAGUUCCAUCCAGGCAGACUUCCUGCUCAUCAGCAGAUCCCCCUUUUCAGCCUGUAACUCUGAUGUGCUCUGGAUCAGCUUUUAACUCUUAAUAAUAUAUUAAUACUCUCUAAACCCCUUCUCUUCCUUUACUGCUUCCCUAUGGUUCUGGCUUCUAUCCCCUGCAGCACAUGUAUCUUCAAAGUAUCAUGUAAUUCUAAUCUCUGGAGGCUGGCAGCUUGACUUGGCACUUUAGGGCCCCUUAGCAGGGUGAGCUGUUAAAACAGCACACACCUCUCACCCCUUUCCCUCCAUUCCCCCUGGGUUUAGGGAAGGAAGGAUACAUGGGGACCACCUCCUGCCUCUUCACCUCACCGCCUUCCUCAGUCCCCCUCCCAGCACCUCCAUAAGGUUCUCAGUGCUGCUCACUUGCUUUGCAAGCAGGCUCCCAGCAGGGAGGGAGCUACCGUCUACAUGGUCUCUCUGACCAUGCGACAGGGUUCUGUAUCAGUGAGACAGUGAGAAAAGUCCCAGACUAGUGGCAGAAAUUUGCACUUUGAACAUGUGUGUUUUUGUGUUGUGGAACCUGAGAUUCCUUAUUUAUUAACAAAGUCUGAUUUUUUUUUUUUUUUGUCUUUGUUGCUAUAUUUUGUGGGGCUGGGAGAGAUUAGAUUAUUCUGACAUGGGGUCCUGAGAGAUUAGAUUAUUCUGACAUGGGGUCCUUUGCAUAAGAGGUACUUGUAGAAGGCAAGAUAAUAGGGUUGAAGAAGCACAGCCAGCCUCUAAAAUCAUAGCCCUCUAGUGGCCUUUAAAGAAAGCUGGUCCUCAGCACUAACAAAAUCACUACAGUAGCCUAGUGCUUUUCCGGAAACCUCUUUAGGGAAGGAUGUUAGGUUUGUGGUAAUUAGUGGUCUGAGUUUUUAGAGCAUCGAGAUUUAGGAAUUUUGAGGGGGUGAGGAAGGUUGUCCAGGGUCUGAAUUACAGAUAAAAGGUUUUCUCUUGUGAAUUUGUUGAUUUUCUUUUUUGUCCCCAUCAUUUCUUUAUACAGACCUCCCUGUUAUCCCAGCUCUGGCCCCUUGCUUUGCUUUUCCUUUUGCUUUUGCUUUGCUUUGCUUUGCUUUAUCAUUGGUUCAUUCCAGCUCCAAAUUAGUGAAGGACACUGCCAUCAGUGAAGGAAUAGUCUGAGUCAUACAGUUGUAAGUAAAAGAAAAUUGCUCUGUUUUGUUUCCCUUUUAAUAACACUUCAGAAGAAGAAAGGCUUCAACAAAGUUAAUAAUCUGUAUAAUGCUUUGGCUUUCACCUGAAAUUGUAGGAAUGAUCAUUUCCCUCGAGGUAGGGAUUUUCAUGAGGUGGAUUACUUACUACUGUCCAUGGGAGAGACAGUUUUGUACAACUUCAUAACUUCCAGAAGACUAAAAACCUAUUUUGGCUCAUUUUUAGAGAAUUAGAAGGGCAGUCUAUCCUACGUACCUCAGAAACUGGAAUUAAAGGCUUGCCCCAUUCAUUGUUUGUCAGAAAUGUAUGAUGGCUGUUGGAAAGAAUGAAGUUUUGCUGAGAACAAAAUAAGGAACAGCUUGUUUUUUCACAAACACUAAAAUUACAAAGUUUAUCAGUUUUCUCUUUUGAUUUUUUUUUUCCCCAAAAAGAAGGGUAACAAAACCUCAUCUCUGAAAGAGUCUUACUUUACACCCACUAGUGUCAGUGGUUGGGAUGCCAGGGAACAGGGAGUGAAACACCUGCAGUGAACAGUCUUAAAUGUACUGUUGUUUCUUUUCGGUUUUGCAGAUUUGCCAUCCCCUUCAGUGUGAGGGUAGAAAAUGGAAUAAGGUUAGAAGGGAUAUAGAGUAUGCUUUCCUACCCACAGUAAGGAUUUGGAGUUGACUUUGGUAUGUUGAGUAAAUUUGAAAAUAUUGUAAGAUUGACUGGAUGGGUCUACAACAAAGUUGUUCCACUCCCGUAUUAAGUCCAUUUUGUGCUGUUUCACUAGCUAGCAUCUAUACCCCACCUUACUUUUUGUCUUCGUCACAUUUAUCUUAUCCUUUGUCUCCAUAAAUUACAUUUGCAGUUGUUAGUCAUCAGAUGUUUUAGCCACCUACACAAAGGCAAACUGCAUUUAAAAAAAAAAAAAACUUUAUGAGAUAGAGGGAAAAUAUAUUCUUCCCUGUAUCACACUCCUCCCCACCAAAAGCAGCUAGUUAGUUCCCAUAAUUAGAAACUUUCUCCUUUCUCCCUUUUUUACUCAUCUUCAUUUGCCUGUAAUUUGCUUCAGUAAAUUAUUAUAGCAGUUUGCGAUAAAUUUUAAAAUAUUUUUCAUGGACUUAAGAUUUUUUCCUUUUGAGAAAAGGGGUGCUAGCAAAGUAAAGAGUUGGUUAAAGUAAACUAUCUUAUACUAGAUUCUUUUCCCUUUUCCUUUCUGCUCCUCAUACGUUUACUUCAUUGUCCUUCUAAGGAACUCUUAAUCUUAAAAUUCUACAUUUCGUACGCUUAAUCAAAUUCUGCUACCUUUUUAAUGACUCUUCCCACAGCAUAUUCUCCAUCUUGAAUUAGCAAUUCUAAAUUCUGAAAAUGUACUUGAUACAAAUAUUAUUUCUACAAGAUAUAGAAAUACAUCUUGUAGAAAUACAUCUUUCCCCUUGUUUGUUGUGGUUGCCCAGGGUUAUUUUGCAAAAUUGAGACUUAAUAUGCUUCAGAGAGUUUAGAUAAACACUGGCCAAGAUUACUGGGAGUAAAAAAUAGAUACAUUGAGGUAUGGAAAAGCAUUCACAUAGAGCACUUGAACUUCCUUAGAACCUGUUAGGAGAAAAAAAUAUAAAGAGUGUACUAAACCUAACUAAGGUUAUUACAGUCUGGCUGUUCGAAGCACCAUUUUUCCCUCCUGUCUUUUUCCCACUUUCCAGUGUACUCAAGAAAAUUGAAAAAGUGUAAUGAAUCAGUUUAAAAUAUUUUAUUUCCUAGAAGCCUUUUUUGCCUGUUGUAAUAUGCAGGACCCUUCUCCUUUGAUGGGAGAGACAGGUAGUUACCUGAAUCUAGGUUGAAAAGGUUAUGUAAAAAGAAAUUAUAAUAAAAGGGAUACUCUGCUUUUCAAA